AUGAAAAAUGUUGAUUCUUACUUAGAUACUUUAUUUGGAGAUUUUGCAACUAAGAAAUGCUUCAAAUAUGCCCAAAAAAUAGUUUCUAUUAAAUCAUAGAAAGUUUUCCAGGAAUUAGACUCUAAUUAGUUAUUCAUCAAUGAAAAUAAAUAGCAUUUAGACUUGUCUUUUAGGUCCCAAACUGCUCAAAUCUCAAUCCCAACAAGAAAGAUUGAUUGCUUUGGUAAAAUUGAAGCUAAAACAUAUACUUAAGAAGAGAUAGACUCUAUGAGAAAAGAACGAGGAUAGAGAGCGUAGAUUAAAUUAAAGCAACUUUAGGAGGCUUCAGAAAAGAGAAAAUACGACUUUAUCGAAUCUUGGAAAAAGACCUAAUAAAUAUAACAUUAGAAACCAUUAUAUUAAAUACUAUAAGACUAAGAGAAUGAAUUAAUAAAAUAAUAAUAAUAAAUAAUACAAUAAAAAUUAGAGUAAAUAAAAUUAGAUAGAAGACCAUUAAAUAAAUUAGAUUUUGAAGAACAUCGUAAGAAAUUUUGUGAUUUAAUUAUUCAACCAAGAUUGAGGUCGAAUGAUUCUUAAAUUAAAAAUUAAAAAAAGUCCUUAAGUCCUGAAAAGUCUAUUUACUAUUUAAGAAUUGAACAAGAAAAAGCAAAACAAAAGUAAUUAGAAUAAGAGAGAAGGAAUCAAUUAUUGGAGUUGUAGGAGAAGAAAAAGAAUUUUUCAGAGGAAACUAAAAAAAGAUUCAAACCAAAGGUGAGCUAAGAUAAAUAAAAUGAACUAUUAGAAAUUUAGAGCAAAUUGCAUCAUAGAUCUGAUUUUUAAAAAUAUUAAGUUUUAGCAAAUAAAAUAAGAUAAAAAAGGAUUUCUUAUUAAAUUCAAGAUACUGAUGAAGAGACUAAAUCAUUAAUGUAUUUUAAUAAAAAUAAAGAUUAAAAUACUUCAUAUGAUAUUGCCAGUUAAGACACUUAAUUGCCAAAAUUUAAGCAUAAGAGUUUUGUAAUUGAAACAAAUACCUAGUAAUAAACUAUGAAUUAUUGGUAAAAAGUAGCUCUAAAUCAGAACUUAUCAGUUAAGGAUAAGAACGUUUUGAUAAUAGAAGAAGCAAAAAAGUUAGAACAUUUGGCUAAAAAAUAAGAGUAAUUAGCACGUGUUUCAGGUUGCGAUUGCCUUCAAGCAGAUAAUCUUUUAAUUAGUUCUAUUAAGGCUAAGUUGACAGUUUUGGAAAAUUGA